AGUCAUUAGAGUAGAUGGAGCAUCCGUCCAGGGAGACUGUGGUUCUUCCUGAACCUGUAAGUGGAAGUCAAUGGAUGGCUGGUUGGAAAUGAGUUACUUUAUGCUCAAAUCUAAAUGAAACCAUAAGUUUCUCAGUGACGUCUCAACAACAAGACCUUACUGUUGCUGGCAUGAAGAAGUGGCCCUUGCUGUGAUGCCUCCAGCCAUGCCUCAGAUUAAUGAUCCGAAGAUUGCCUUCGCUUACCUGCGCCCAGCCUGCGUUCUGCUCACCAAGGAACCCUCUGUGACCAAUGUGGAGUCACUGAGCGAGCAGCUGAAAGACAUCCACGAUGCCUCACUGCAGCAGCUGCAAGAGUAUGUCCUCUUCCCCUUGCGCUUCAUCCUCAAAGUCCCGGGGCAGAAGAAAGAAAAGCUGGUGCAGUCUGUGGCCGAGGCAAUGAGCUACGUUCUGGAGAGGACUUGUGUCCAGAGCUGGGACAUGUUGCGUGACGUCUUUUCUGAGCUCUGUGUCUGCCUCUGCUCCCCCACGGACCCGGGCCAACCCGCAGGUACAUCAGAGGAGCUGAAAUCCGCCGUGCUGCAGUGCCUGGAUGCUUUGCUCCACGCGGCUUAUGGCGACAUAGUGUUCAGACUGUACGAACCCUCGAUGCUGCCCGGACUGGGUGCUACCGUGUCGCUGCUGUUGGCUUUAGGAGAGAAAGACAAAUCCAGAGAGAUUCAGACGGCGGCCUUGAAGUGCCUCCAGUCUUUGAUUCUGCAUUGCGACUGCAACCAGGAGCAUGUUACACCAUCGUGGGAUGAGCGAUGUUCAGUAGGCAGCACCAUGGCUUCCUUCUUGCCUGGGGUCACUUCGGCUGCAGCGAGGAUCAUCACUGGAGAUCUGAGGCAAGGCCAUGCUGUUACUGUCAGGGCCAUCAAGGUGUGGUCUGGGUGUGUGGUUCUGGUCAUGGAGGAUGCCCAGCUGCAGCAGAGUGAGUCCUGCAGCAUCGUGUCGCAGGAGCUGGGGAGGAUCGGCCAGCUGAUGGUUCAGCGGACGGCGGACUGGGUGAAGGCGACAGCGGGGAAGCUGUGUGUGCUGCUGAGGAGGAUCAUCUCCUGCUGCUCCACCCACCAGCACUGGAGGGUGAGGCUGGAGACAGUGGAGCUGGCUGACCGUCUGCUGACAGCGUGCGGUCAAUCACUGAAAGAGUGCCUGGGUCCACUGCUGGAAGCUCUGGUAGGAGCGAUCAACGACGAGGACCCCAGAGUCAGACAGAGGUGUGAGGUUGCUCUCAGAGACGCAUCCCAGAGGAGUCAGAGCGCCACUAGCAGUAAGAACCUGACUGACAUCCUGUCUGAGAACCUCCACUCGUUAGCCACCUCCCUCCCCCGGCUGAUGAGGUCUGCAGACGACCAGAAGAAGCUGUUUGUCCUCAACGUGUUGCUUGGUUACCUGAAAGUCCUGGGACCACUUGUCUCUGUGGUGUUAAACUCUGCUGUACACCUGGACAGGAUCUCUAAAGCGUUAAUGCAGGUGCUGGAGCUGGAUGUGAUGGAUGUUCGUAUCGUGGAGGAGCGGAGCUCCACUGAUCCCAUAGAGAGCAGCUCCGGCUCACACCACUCCGACAGCGCUCACACUCAGAGGAAGCACUUCCUGUUCUUCACUGACGACAAGAUCUACUGCGUGCUCAUGGAAAUCUGCCGAACAUUAGGUUACUACGGCAACAUCUACCUUCUCACCGACCACCUGUUGGACUUGUAUCGGCAGUCCUGUGCGUACAGGAAGCAGGCCGCCAUGGUCUUAAACGAGCUGGUGGGUGGUGCCGCCGGCGUCUCAGUGGCAUCGCCGGCAAGCUGUUUGGACGGUGGGGACUGCCCGGCUCCCUCUGCCUCCAAGGAGGACCUGAAAGCUGUGGUGGUGUCUAUUAUGGAGGAAUACACCAGCCUGAACAACUGGCACCUGAAGACUGUGAGCGAGGAGACGGACUUAGACCGUCAGGAUCAGCAGCUGCUGGGUCCUUUCAGUCUCCAGUUCAUUUCCUGCGGUGAUAUCAUCAGAAACACCUCAAAUCCUUUUCAUCAAGCAGUUCCUUCUUCAUCUGCCUGCCCUUUGAUCCCACCGCCUACAUCUGCCAUCCACCAGCUGAACAGCAACAUCUGGCAGCUGUGCAUCCAGCUGGAGGGCGUGGCCCACUUCGCCCAGACGCUGCAGCUUGACUUCCGCCCGCUGCUGAUGACAGCGCUCUAUCCGCUUCUGGAGAAGGCCGGCGAUGAGUCGCUGCUAGUUAGCCAGGCGGCACUGGGUGCCAUGACGAUUGUCGGCACGGCCUGUGGUUAUGCCUCCCUGAAGGAGAUGAUCAGAGACAACUCGGACUACUUGCUCAACGACAUCUCAGUGAACCUGCAGAGGCUUGGUCAACACCCACAGGCUCCGCGGGUAUUAACGGUGAUGCUGGCUCACUCUGACUGCAGCCUGUUGCCUCUGGUUGAGGACAUCGUACAGGAUGUUCUGAUGGCUCUAGAUCUCACCUAUGACCAGUCACCCGCUCUGUUUGGCUCUGUGCUGCACGCACUCAUGAAGGCAGUGGCCAGCUGGUUCCCUCCGUCAUGCUGUAGGACCAGUAAGCCUCCCAGCUCUAGGAUUUCUGCUGUACUGGAAGAUUUUGACAUCUGCCAGUUCCUGUUGGAUUACCAAAAGCAGAAGGAGUUGGCAGAGGGCGUUGGGAUCGAAGCGGAUGAGACGGAGGACCUUGAGGUGCCGCCUCCUGCAGAGUGUGAGAAAGCUGAUGAUGGACCUGACGUGAAGGCACAACUCCCACCACACCUCAAUAUCACUAAAGACGUCAUGGAGCGCUACAUCCACCUGCUGUCUGACCCCAGCCUCAGACUCCGGCUCAAGGUUCUGGAUGUGCUGGAGCUGUGUGUGUACGUGCUGAGUGAGAGGGAAGACGAGUUGCUGCCCAUGGCUCAUCGCUGCUGGCCAGCUCUGCUUCAGAGACUCACAGCUGAUGACCCGUUAGCAGUCCUCAGAGCCUUCAGGGUGUUGUGUACGCUGGCUGAAACCUGCGGUGACUUCCUGCGAAGGAGGGUUUCUAAAGAGGUGCUACCCAAGCUGAGCUCCUCACUGGCGCGGCAGGCUCCAAUCAGCGCCAAGGCCGGCCCGGUCUACACACACACUCUGGCCUAUAAGCUGCAGCUGGCUGUGCUGCAGGGCCUGGGGUCACUGUGUCAGAGACUGGAUCUGGGCGAGGUGGACCUUGAUGUUGUCUCUGAAGCCUGUCUGCCCUACCUGAGCUGCAGGCAGCCAAUCAGGCUGCAGGAGGCCUGUCUGAGCGUUUUCCGUCACUUAAUCCAGCUGGAUCCGGACAGCUUCUGGUUUACGCUGAACCAGAUCCACUGCCCUUCAUCCUACAUGUCGCCCCCCCACCCUGACCUCCAACCCCUGCAGCUGGGCGGGACGGGCCGGCCCAGAGACGAGUACUCAGACAACGUGCUGAAGCUGCUGAGGGAGGAGUUUGCCUCCGACUCAGACAUGUAACCAGCUCUGACGACAAACAUUCAAUGAACUGGGAAAAAAAAAAGAACCUGAUAUGUUUUUAUAUGUGAGUUUAUGUUCAACAUCAUGGUGUUAAAUAAAAACACCAUAACUUCUACGUUAACGUCCUAACCAGAAACAAAGCUGGCCGCUCUUUCGACUCCCUCUGAUUUUUCAACUGUCUGACGGACAGUUGGACAUGAAAAUAAAAUGUUCAUUUUCACGUCAUUUCUAAAUGGUCCUGCUUGUUUUGAAUAAAUGAACAAUUCA